AUGCGCGAGGGGAACACGGCGGAGCAGCGUACGGGCGAGGGUUACGCGGAGGAGAAUACGUUGGGGGUUGGAUCUAGGAACGGGUCUGGGAGAGGGAGUGACACGGCGUUGGGACAAGCGGGGGCUUUGGAGGAGAGCGAGCAGCAGCAGCCGCAGCAGCAGGAGCUACAGCUGCGAUUGCAGCAGCAAUUAGAGCAAACGUUACAGCAGCAGGACGGGGAGGGAGGGAGAGAGCAGCAGGAGCUGGAGGAGGCGCGAGCAACCAUGGCUGCCCAGCCUGCCGCGUGCGAACGGUCGCACAGCUCGCCUGUUCCGCCGAUAAGCGUCGCCAGCGGCGCAGCACGACACGUACAGUUUCAGCAGCAGCAGCAGCAGCAGCAGCAGCAGCAGGCGUCGAAGCAUUCGAAACACUCCAAGCACGGGAAGCAGGAGCGUGCGGGCAUGCUGGGGGGAUUCAUGAGCGCGCCCGCCAGCCCCAUGUUCCGCACCUCCAAACACGCGCCCUCCGCCGCUGCCGGCGCUGCUUCCGCCGGCAGCGGGUCCGCGGCGGCAGACGUGGCGGGCCCCGGAAAGCACCCGCUGCUCCGCCGCUCCACCACCCCUUCGUCGUCCUACCACCACCACCACCGCCACUCCUCCUCCUCCACCUCCUCCUCCCCGCGCAUUUCCCGCAGCUCCCCCGGCCCCUCUGCGCAGUCCUCCUCCUCCGGUGGGUCCUCCCGCCCAUCGUCGCGCGACGGCGGGGGGAGCGCGAGCGGGCGCAGCUUGCGCCGGGACGGGCUGUCCGCGGGCUCCUCGUCGGGGCGGCGGGGGUCGUCGUCGGGGAGAGGGCCGUCGUCCGCCGUGCUUCCGCUCCCCGGCGGCGGCGGAUCCAACCUGCCCGGCAUCCUCACUAGAAACUUCUCCCGUAAUAGCUCUUCUUCCACCGCGUCUACACCGCCUCUUGCGCCUAAUACGCCGAGCGCGUACCCGCCUAAGAGCCCUUCGAGCGCGGAUAUAGAGGCUUUAAGGGAGCUGCAGCUGCGGCAUCGCCUGCACAUCUUUUCAUAUGCGGAACUCCGGGCAGCCACCAAAAAUUUCGCGCCGGAGAAUUUGCUGGGAAGUGGGGGGUUCGGGAGGGUGUAUCGAGGGGAGGUGGCUCUGCCUUCCCUCGCGAAUCCCGCUGGCGAAGGUGGUAACAGUGGCGAAAUCGCGCUGGAGACGGGUGGGCGCGAGGGUGAGGGGGCGGAGGAGAGAGGGGAAAUGGGGGAGCAGGGAGCGGGCGGGCGUGUGGAGGUGGCUGUGAAGAAGCUGAAUAGCAAGAGCAUGCAGGGGCACAAGGAGUGGAUGGUGGAGGUGAGUCUGCUGGCAGCAGCGAGCCACCCGCACCUGGUGUGCCUCAUGGGGUGCUGCGCCGAGGGCGACCGCCGCCUGCUCGUCUACGAGCUGCUCCCACGCGGCAGCCUUGACCGCCUGCUCUUCCGCCCCUCCUCCUACGCCUCCUCUGCUGAUCCCUCUGCUGCUGGUGGGGGUGCGGGGGAGGCGGGGCAAGGGGGAGGUGGGGGGCGGGGCGCGGUGCUGGAUUGGGGUACGCGGUUGAAGGUGGCACUGGGUGCUGCAAAGGGACUGGCUUACCUGCACGAGGAGAUGGAACCCAGAGUGAUCUACCGCGAUCUCAAGACGUCCAAUGUGCUGCUAACGGCGUCCUUUGAUGCCAAGCUCUCUGACUUUGGCCUCGCACGGGAGGGGCCUGAGGGAGACUCCGAGUAUGUUUCCACCAUGGUGCGCGGCACGGCGGGGUACGCGGCACCAGAGUACAUGCUGACGGGGCAGCUGACGAGCAAGAACGACGUGUGGAGCUUCGGCGUGCUGCUGCUCGAGCUGCUCACCGGCCGCCCCUCCAUCGAUGGCAAGCGGCCACACCCCGAGGGCAAUCUGGUGUUGUAUGCGCGGCCAUACCUGCAGCAGCCAGCGGACAUAGUCAAGAUCAUGGACCCUGCUCUCACCACUGCCUCGCCCCCACCCGCCGCCGCUGCCAAGGUGGCGGAGGUGGCGCGGUGGUGCCUGGCGCUGGACCCCACGCACCGCCCGGUUAUGAGCCAGGUGGUUGACGUGCUCACCUUCCUCUCCUCACAGCAGUGGUCGUGA